ACUGGCCGGCAUGACGUCACUACAGUGAUCUCGUGUGUGAACGUAUGUGAACACGGGACGCACGGGACUGUCCCAUUUCCUCUCGCGCAGUUGAUCCAUGACGGCAGUUACCAUUCUUCUCUCAACAGUUGUUCGCGAUGGUACAUCGUCUACUCAAGGUUCUGUUGCUGGUUGGCGCCACCGCGUGUUGGCCGGCCGGACAGGCUGGCCACACUUACACAGAGCCAGCUUGCAGCAAUGGGCCAAGUGGGGAUGCAUGUCAAUGUGACCCAUCCUGUGCCCAGUAUGGGGACUGCUGUCUUGACGCUCCAUCAUUUGUGUCCGAACAGCAGCGACAUGGAGCUUCUCUCUUCACCUGCAGUGAUAAAGAUGUGUAUAUGAUGUCAUCAUGUCCCGCGGAAUGGAAAGAUCCAUCAACUCGUUACCGCUGUGAACACCAUGACACCAGUUACCGGGACCCUCUGUUUGACGUACCAAUAACGAGUUCUCGUACCAACAUAACGUAUAGCAACAGACACUGUGCGUUGUGCCAUCAUGAUCUUGAUGUCGGUACAAGCAACAUCUGGUCCAUUUACUUUUCAUGUGAAGAUGCAUGGACAGACCUUGAUGAUGAAGAGAUCAUAAAUUACCUUGUGUACAAUACAACAACUUCGUCAUGGAUUCUAAACAUCACUGAAAACCCAGAGUUCAUGAUAUUUCAGAACUACAAGCAAGUGUACAGCUGCAAGGUGGGGGUGCAGGCACCUGAAGAGUUGCUUGAAGUUAUGCGCGCUUGUGACAGUAGCACAGUGAACGUGUGCCCAGAGGACUGGACUGAUGAGGAGGUGCGGGCCCUGUGCGAGGCAUACAGUGUGCACACGUGUCUCAAUAGCACUGUGUAUCGAAAUCAGUACUGUGGAAUGUGUAACAACAAUGGCAGUUUUCAAGGAUCAGUUUGCCUCGAUGUUGGGACAAGAUUGAAGACUACACCACGGCCACCUGAUUUCACAGUGUUGCUAGAUUGGCAUAGACUGAGAAGAAGGGACACGUGCCAGCAGGUGACAGAAGAAUAUGAUCCGUUUACAAGAACCUGUCGUCCUGUGUUUGUGGAAGCAGAAGGGCUAGGCAUUGAAGCUUCCGAAGUUGACAUCAGUGCCGAAGUGCCAUAUGAAAUUAACAGUGGCAUCGCUGUGGCAGAUAUGGUAGCUGAAAACUACACCAGUGCCAGUGUGAAUGAAACGUGUGCCUCAAUCCUUGACACCUGUCUGAAGAUUCGACUUGAAGCUCACGAGUAUUACAUAAAAGAUAAUGAUUCCAUGGUUGUGUUUAUACCAGCAUACAAUGCAACUUUGCGACCGUGUGAGUACAGGAUUGGUAACGACAGUCGAUUGAAUAUCUGUUUACCAGAGUUUGGCACAGAGAAUGUGGGGGAGUCAGUCAAGGGUCUGGGCUACAUUACUAUGGUGGGGGUCAGUCUGUCGAUAUUUUUCCUUGUGUUACACCUCUUGAUAUUUGGCAUGACUCCAAAACUUUGUAACUUGUCAUCUAUGAAUUUAGCAUCCUUAAGUGCCUCACUGCUCCUGAUGUACUGUGCAUUCUUCGCUGGCAUGUUUCUCCAGCAGACACGUGUCCCGUGUUGUGUCAUGGCUGUUAUCAUUCAUUAUGGCCUGCUUGCUUCCUUCUGCUGGAUGCUUACCAUAGCAUACGACAUCAACAGGGUUCUCCGUCAAGCUACCAAACAGCUGCUAGUAUCAAGAGGUAAGCACUGGCAGAGGUUUGUACUGUAUUCUCUGUGGAGUUGGAUGGCUCCUGCCAUCAUCAUUGGUGCAGCACUGGGAGCCGAGUUCUCUGGUGACGAGAUGUUAGAAUAUGUACGGCCUGGCUAUGGUACUAAUGACUGCUGGAUCAGCAGAGCCAGUGGACUGCUCAUCUUCGUGGUGGCGCCACUCGUGGUUGUCAUGGUACUCAAUGCUGUGUUCUUCUUCUGGAGUGCGUAUCUGAUCUGUAGCACCACAUCCAUGCUGCAGAACCUGUCCAGAACCCGCAAAGACUUCCGUCUCUAUGUCCGCCUUGCACUCAUUAUGGGUCUGACAUGGGUCACUGGCCUCAUUGCAGGAUUUGCUGAUGUUUUAGUGUUAUGGUAUGCAUUUGUCCUCCUCAACACAUUGCAGGGACUGUUCAUCUUCUUGUCAUUCAGUUGUACCCGGAAAGUUUGGCAUGGGUUGUGUGCAGAGCAAGCGCUGCAACAUCCCAGGGAAGCACAAGAGGCAAAGUCGGCGUUCACUCCAGGCACUGCUACAACAAACACAUGACAUGCUCACAUCUGGUGUUGUGAAGUGUUUUGCAAGUGCCGAACAUGUCACCAUUUUUAGAUGGACGCAGACAUCAGCUGAGUAGCUCAGUGAGUGCAAUAACUAGGCUAAGGGCUGGUUGACUGGAGAAUCAGUGUUUGAUACCUGAAGGAGGCAGACUUUUCUCAUUGCUGUUUCUCCAGAUCAGCUCUGUGGCCUACCCAGCCACCUGUGCAAUGGGUACUGGGGGCUGUUUCCUUGGAGGAAGAAUGGCUUGGGUGUGGCGCUGACCACUCACUUCCAUGUAAUGCUGAAGGCUAAGAAACACUGAAGCUACACCUAUAUAAGAAGGUCACAGCUCAUGGUGGGCUGUAGUUGUAGUUCUGUACCUUUUAUGAGAUGGGAUACAUAGUAAAGCUUGUGCUACUUUUGUUAACAUAGAGUAUUUGUUUCUGCACACGAGUUACUUGAAUCAGAAUCAAAGUGGUAAAGGACUUCUCUUGUACAGGAAGUAUCAGUACUUAAUCCCGGAAAGUCAUGUCAUAGCAGUAUGAACAUUACAUCUGGUGUAAUGGUAAUUUUGGAUUGAAGUGAGUGAAAGAUCAGUUUCUAAGCUUGGGUGUGAUGAAUGUUAUGGAAACAGAAUGUGGACUGAAGUAACCUCUGCAAAUUUCAGUUGGAGGAGGAGGAAGUGUUAUGUGUAUAUAACAAUUCUUAUAUAUAUUUAUUUAAGUAUUUAAAUUUGCAUCCAUCUAUUCAGUUUUGGGGCAUGUGGUAGAAUAGUUGGUUGAGCCACUAUGCUUCAAGUCAGGAGGUUGCGGGUUCAAUUCCUGAUGAGGUUAUUUGAUUUUUCAAUUGACCUAAUUGAUUGAGCCUCCCUAUGGCUCUGGAGUAGACUCAGCCUCUAACAGAAAUGAGUACCAGGAAUCUUCCUGGGGGUAAAGGGUGGCCAGUGUAUAAGGCUGACAACCUCACUGCUCUCUGUGAGCUGACUAUAGAAAACUGGGAGCAUCAAUGUCUCACAGCCUGUUACAGGGAUAGCUUUACCUUUUUUUACCUUUUCAGUUAUAUUAACUGUCUCAUUACUGUCGUUUCUUUUGCUAUGAGGGAAGUACCAUUAUCAGAAUUUAAAGUAAGUUGUGGUGACUGCCACAUAUAACCAGUGCAGAUAAGACAAAUGCAUACUCAUCAUUUAAACUGCACACAUGAAAUGAAAAUAUUGUAACGUGUUUACGUUACAGAAGACGCCGCAGAGAUCGUUAAUUGGU